AGCCGAAAAUCCCACUCAGACGCACCGAAAAUUCCUAAAAAUAAAGUGAAAAGUGAUCAUUUAAUAAUUAAAGAAAUUGGUUUCGAUAACAUACGAAAAACGCAGGCCAAAAACGAACUAUUUUUCGGUGGGCCGCAAAAGGCGUUGCCAAAUCACAGGCCCCAGGCUAAAACAACAAAUCUGCAACUAAAUUUUAAACUGAAUCCUAAACGCAGGCACUAAAGCAAGGGGAAACCCUUAACAACAAAAGAUAAAAUCAACUAAGAUAUACAAAAAGUUAAUCAUACGCACCGUUAAUAAGCACCAAGUGAAAAACUGACUAAAGGAAAACGCAGAGCAAAAAUAAAGGACAAACAAAGGAGUAAAACUCUCCAGAGAAGGAGCCAAAAGCAUCAGCAUCAGCAAAGAACAUUCUGCUGCAUAAAUAAUACACUCGACAUACGUAUACGCCAUAUAGGCCAGGACAUACCAGCAGGAUAUACCACACACACGCACACACAACGCACUCACACAUACGGACGGGCAGGACGUGCUCCUGUUCUAUUAUUUAACUGCUUUCAACGUCAGCAGCACGUUCAACCCGACGAAAGUCGAUUGAAAGCCGCCUUUCAACGGACCCAGCAUCCCUCUCUCAGCAAGCACAAAAACUAAACGGAAAACGAGAGAGAGUGAAACACACAGCGUGUGUGUGUGCCAGUGUGUGUGUUCGCGACAGCAGGAGCGACGUCAACGUCAAUCCGCUCAAUAUUUAUACAUUGAACCGAGUCUCCAGGCCCACGAGUCUUGCGGCCCUCACAACGCAGACGCUCCUGUUCCUCCGCUGGGGCCCAAAAUAAAUAACAUCUGACAGCUGCCCAGAGUCCUGAAUUCUGAAUUCUGAAUUCGGAGUCCUGCAAGAGCCAUCAGCGGGUAGGGACGCUAAAAAGAAGCGGAGACCGAGCGUGUGGCAAUACGAUUUGCCCUAGGAAAACAUCAACCAAACUGAACGCGAUCCUAAAACGAAAACAAAACAAUGGGCGCCAAGGAAAGUGUCGAGGCAGCCGCCAAAAUGAACGCCGAUGGUUGGGGCCAUGUGGAGCGAUCGAGUCGCUACCACAACCAUCGGCACAACCAGCGCUCACAGUCGCUGAAUCGCGGACAGGCGCUCUCGCAGGCGGACGUGAGCGGCAUGUGGUGACAUCGGGG